GUAAUAAUUUUUUGACAGCUGUUUUCGUUGCUCUCGCCUGCUUGGAUGGGUGGUAGCGGGUGGACAAAGAAGGAAGAAAAGUCCCGACAACGACAACGAAAACGACGGGCGACUGACUUUUCGGUGGUCCGUGGAAAAUCGCGAAAAUCCCGUGCUCUCGUGCGGUGGUGAAUCGUUGCGUUCGCCGCCUCGGGCUGUAAGUUUUCUUCCCUUGGUCGGGCUCUGCGAAGGGGUUGUUCAAGUUCUCGGUGCGGUACGUUCUGAGGGUCGGUGAACGGUUCUGGUCAAAGUGACAGAUUCUGGUGCGGUUCUUAGUGCCAAGUUGGGGAACGAAACACGGUGACAACCGAUGGCUCUGAUGAAGGAACCUCCUAAGUACGCAGCAGAGAGGGAGAGUUCGCUCUAGCCCCACAAAAGAACGGUGAGCAAAUGCGGUCCAAUGAAUACGAUUUGAUAAGGAUCUGGCUGCCUGCAGCCGCCGCAGUCGUCCACCUAGAAGCUUCCUGCCCUCCUCUCAUCCGUCGGGGCCCAGGAGCGGAAACCGAGGCAGCGUAACAUUCGGGGGUUUCGUCGCUCUCGAUGAAUAGCUUUCGACCGUCUUUGGUUGGUUCUGUACGUACGACGCUGUGUUGGUUAGUGGACGCAAAAAUCCCUUUCUGGUUCCAGCUCCGGCUGUGAAGUAUACUGAGUUACCCAUCCGUAUUCAUCCACCUAUCCAUCCAUCGGUUUGACGAAGUUCGCGGCUUUGGUUGCCGUCGAAGUGCGAUAUCCAACAAGUGGUGCCAACCGCGAGAAGCGUGUGCAAGCGAAGGCAGCGAAAAAGCUAACCGCGUGAAACAUAUGUUACACUGGUGGUUCGCGAAAAUUGCCGUAAUUUGUGAUAAGUGAAAGUGUUCGACGAGAUAUGCGGAUAGAAUCGCACUGACAGUUGGCCGGCAGAAAAUAACGAGCUGAAGAGUGUGUGUAGUGUGCGGAUAACUUCAGGUGCGCUUCCCCCAACCGCUCAAUUCGUUUAGAGGUGCUGCAGCAGGUUCAGAACACUUUUCGGUGAACAAUACGACACAGCAGGUCAACGGAUUGGUUCAACGCCUACUCAAAUGAAAAGUACAAAUGUGAAGAACAGAAGUUCGGUGAAAUUUAAGAUUACAGAACAGAGUGUGUUGGAGAUUUGGAUUUAAGUUUGAAAAACGGUGGAUUUUGAGAGAAGAAUAAAGUGUGAUCGUAGUACAAUGUAUUUUGCAACGAAAAUGGGCUUUAUAAAUCUAGUGUUGCCAACAGUUGGCUUAGUGGGUCUUUAAGGUGCGAAGCAUCCAAACGCAACAAACAGUGCUCAUCCAGUUCAAGAUAUAGCAUCCCAGUUAGAAUCUCCAACUAUAAAGCCCGCACAAGAUAAGCGCAAGCAGGAAAAGAGACCAGUCUCGCGUGGAGGCCUAACAGAUCUAAAACAGUUAUAAACGAAUUCUUGUUUUCUGUGUCACUUCUUCAUCUGUGCGUUCGUGUGUUCUGCGCGGACAGAGCGCGCGAUCUUCCUUUACCAAUCAUCGUCUUCAUCCGCAGAAGAAGCAGAAACGGCAAAGUAAGCCAAGAUUGUUGGUCUCCAUAGUGAAGUGAACCUAGAAGAGUGAAGCGAAGCGAAAAGAGACGGUGGAGAAAAAAAAAAACCGUAAGCUCAAGAGCGAAACGCAGCCAACCAGUGGAAGAGAUAUAAUAAAAUCGAGAAAAAUUAGGACACUGUCGUGUGUUGUUUUACCCCUUCUGGGCUACGGGAUUGUACGUGUAGAGAGUGUUGAGCAACGAAUUGUGCGAAGGUUUUCCGAGUGACGCGCGUAGCGGAAGAGCUAGAAACUAAACUUUUCGAAGGGAAAACCCUAUCCCGGGGGAAGUUUUUUUCCGAUUUGGAGCGCAAGUGUGUUGUGCGCACAAUAAUGACCCAACCGAUGAAAACGAGUGGCAAUACUAUGGUAAAUAGUAUUGGAAAUAGCAUCGGGAACAGUAUCGGAAACAGUAUCGUCGGUGGUGGACACAUCGGAAACAGUCUAGUGCAGGUGGCAACCAAUUUGACCAACGGCAGCAACAUCAACAGCAACGGCAACGGAAUGUUGGUCACCAGCAACGGCCCCAGUGGCAACAACAUAAGCAACACACCGAACCAGCAACCGCCCGGUACCCCAACCAGCAACAACUGCCAGUCGAUCAGAUACUGCUGGGAAGCAGACAAAGUGAAAACUCUAAUACGACUACGGGCAGAACUGUCACCGCUCUUCACCGGCAAACGGAACGCUUCGAAAUACGCGUGGGCGGUCGUCGAACGAGAACUCAGUGUGCCUUUACCGAUUUCAAAAAUCAUCAAAAAAUGGAACAACCUCCUACAAGAGUACAAGGCCAUCAAAAUGUCAGAGGAGCCGAAGCGUCGAGAGUGGCCCUUCUUCAACCUGAUGGACGUGUACUUCAGCGAUCAGGUGAACGAUCCAACCCUGCGUCUAUUCUCGUCAACCAAGCGGUUCGAUUCGGACACACUGGACGAUGCCCAGUUCGAUGACGAAAUCAUGAACUCGACGGCUGCGGCGGCCAUUGCUGCUGCCGCGGCCGCUUCAGCUGCCGCUGCCAACGCCGCUAGUCAACAGAAGAUCAAGAACGAACUGAUCCAUGGUCACAGCGGCGGCAGCAUGCUGGACAUCUCAGACAUCAUCGAGGACCACCUCGGCAGUGGGGACUCCAAAUUGGACCAGUUCAAGCGGGAAAUCGUUCUCAGUCAGUUCAGCAACGUUUCGGAGCGGAGUAAUAGCAACAGUCGGAAAGAAAAGAACAACAACAAUAAUAACAAUAACAACAACAACACUAACAACAACAACAACAACAACAACAACAACAUCAGCGCCAACACAAACGGAAACAUCAACAACAACUGCUACAGGGAAAAGGAGAAGCAGCUGAUUGAGAGCCUAAGUCACAGUCCCAGUACGGUUCACUUGAGCAGUGCGAACAGCAACACCGCCAGUGCAGAUACCAGCAGUGUAAACAGUAGCCCCACGGGCCACGUCAGCAGUACCAACGGUGCUGUCCCCAAAAUGACCAACGGCCCCUCGUCGCAUGCGAAUUUCAACGCCCUUCUGGCAGCGGCCACCAGCACACAGAACGGCAGCGCUCUCAACAGUAAUAGCAGUGCGAUCAGCAGUACCGACCGGGACACGGACUACGACGAUUACCCGAACGACAGGGACAGCAUGUACGACGGUGGCAGCACGAAUUUGAAGAACCUCAAUCAGAAGUUGCUGCACCAGAUGAACGAACAUCACAACAUUGACCAGUACUUGCUGUCUUGGCGUGGUUUCCAUGGGAACAUGUGCAAGGGUUUCCACAGCUUGCAGAGGGACGGGCAGAUGGUGGACGUUACGAUCGCAGCCGGAGGCAAGAUCUUCAAGGCGCACAAGCUGGUCCUGUCGGUGUGCAGUCCGUACUUCCAGAAGAUCUUCCUGGAGCACCCGUCGCAGCAUCCGAUCCUGUUCAUGACCGACGUCAACGCGCACCACAUGGCCGGGCUGCUGGACUUCAUGUAUAGUGGACAGGUGAACGUCAAGUACGAGGACUUGCCCAACUUCCUCAAAGUGGCAGAAGCCCUGCAGGUUAAGGGCUUGCACGGCGAGAGUACCAACGACGCCGAGGAGCGUGACUAUCAGCAGCAGCAACAGCAGCACGCUCUCCGCCUGCAGGAACAGCAGCGCCUCUACCAGCAACAGCAGCAAAACAUGGCACAGCACCAGCAAAACCUGGCUCAACAGCGUCAGCAGCUCAUCCAGGCAGCCCAGCAGCAAGCACAAGCCGUUGCUCACGCUCAGCAGCAGCAGGCAGUGCAGCAAGCUCAACAGGCGGCUGCUGCUGCCGCUGCAGCCCAGCAGCAACAGUUGGCUAACCGGAACAGCUUCAAGGAACUGAUGAAGGCCAAGCACGCCGCCGCUGCUGCCGUACUGAACGAAGACUACUUGAACAACAAUGCCAACAGUAUGAACAAUAACAACAACAACUCCCACGUGAACAAUGCCAACCUGAACAACAAUCUCAGCUCCAUGAACAACAACAACCUCUCGCAAUUUGGCGUCCACCAGAUCAACCCGUCGAAGAAAAUGCUUGACAGCCAAAAGUACCAGAAGUACUACUCGAAACGGAAGCUGGUCCAACAGUACGAACAGGAAAUGCGAGCGGAAAAACGGAAACUUGGCAUUGAAGACGUUAUCCAGGCAGCGGCAGCGGCAAAGGCAUUGAACCUUCGGCUUAACAAUGGUGGCAUGACAAGUCCAGUGAGCGUAGUGGCACCAUCGACGCCCACUCCGAACCCACCAGAAACGCCAACCAAUGGACACUCUAGCGGUACAGACGAGGAGCAACCACCGCUGAUACAGAACAUCAAAUCGGAACCGAACUACGAUGAGGACGAAGGCAUGGAUGUGGACCACGAUCACAACUCGGCAUCAAACAACAACAACAAUAACAAUCACAGCAUCAUCAACAAUAACAACAACAAUCACGAGGAAGACUACUACAGUCAACGCGACUCGGUCAUCGGAAAGUCCAUGAAACAUUCCAUCCUGGAGCCAAAUAUAGUAUUAAAGCAAAGCGACGAGUGUCUCAGCACCAACAACCAGACGGGUAGUCUCAAUCUGUGCAAGAAUGUUAGUUAGGAGAGUGGGUCCGGUUGGCAUGGAACCGGAAUGACCACAGAAAGAACUACAACGGGAGCAGCAACAACGGUGUGGCGUGAGUGGGAAUGAGUGUAUCGGAUCGAUGAGUGCGUGAGUGGAUGAGUGAGCAAUUUCAAACACACCCUCAUACAUAGGAACUUGUAGUAAUAUUUAUAUUUAUUUAUUUUGUUGAUUUUGUUAGCAAUGCACCGCCGAACUUUUUGUACAUAAACUUUUUUUGUUGGUCGGUUUAAUUUUCAACAAUUUUUCAUCAUAUUUUGCGACACGUAAAUUAUUUUGAUAUCAUUAUUAGUAAUUAGCUAGUAGCCGAAUCGGAGUCGUCGAUUCAGAUUUGUUUUCGAGGUGUUUUGAUAUGGAGCGUGUGGGGAUUUUACAAUGAAAAAAAUAUAUUACUAAACGAUUAGCACUCAUUGAGGAGUUUCCUGUAGAUUUUUUUUUCUUCCGAGGUACUGACAAGGAAUAUGUUAAUUUAUUCAAUUCGUUUUGCGUGUUGUCCUAACUUUUUUUUAUAUCAUUUCUGUCCCCAUUUUGUUGUUGAUUUUCGUUGCGAAUAAAACAGGAAAAUCUAAUUGAACAAAACCUCAUUUUGUUUUAAUCAUUCAUAGUAGUAGCUUUAAGUCGUAUGUUUGCGUGAGUGUAGAAAUGCUCGGGUAUAUUGAGUGCAAGAUGAGACAAGAAUGGGAAGUCGAAGAAGAAAAAUUAAAAUCAGAAAUUGAUCUACGAAAAUGAUUGAUUUUUCUCACCUGAUUAUUUGUGAUCUAUGUUCGCUAUGUGUAGUUAAAGAAAGAUGCUGGGCGUCGUUUGUCAGCGCUCUUGAAGAAAGAAAAUAACAUGUCGAAAAUGACGUAAAAGCUCAGGUCAUUACUAAUCUAGUUCUUGUUGCUUGAGAGAUGAUUUAUUAGCGAAAUUGUUUUGACAAACGCGUGUAGGAAUCAUUUGUCUUUGUUGGUUAUUGAAAAGUUCUAUUUAGCAUUAAUUGUUUUCGAAACGCUGGACAGCGGCUUCAGAAAAAAAAGCUGAUUAGCUUAAGUUUUGAUUUGAACUUGUCGAGAACAAGCACGGAAUCCAUCCAAUCAUUACUUACCAAACUCUUUGAAUUUUGGCUUGUUUCGAGGAUUUCGCUUAACUGACAUUUGGUUUAACAAUUCAAGCAAAACAAGAAUUAUCCUGCCACUGGAAUAUAAACGAUAGAAAUCAAGAUGGACGAUGAACAACCUAACGGUACCAACUGCCAACUAACGCAAGAACAGUGGCAUCUAUUGUGCAAUUAACCCGUUUAAAUGUCGUUGUGAAAGGUAACAAAACAAAUACAAAAUUAAACCUAACCUAACUUAUUAAUCAAUGCGAUGGGAAUCGAUGUUUUACAAACUGUCUAUGCAACACUUCCCAAUAAUGGGAUGCAGAACUGUCAUUUCAUAGUGAAGGUUCUCGGUUAUUUUUCUUACGUUUCUGUUAGAUUUUUUUCACAAGUAAAUUUAGUUGAUAGAAUUUGUUAAGAAUUUUUCUUUCUUUCGGGUUUAUUUAUUUAUUGAUCUACACUUCUCUUCCUUCUAUCUCCUUUCUAUUUUACUAAAUGGUGUCUACGUGGUCUCCUGUCUCUUACCUCCACAUUAGUUUUCACACGUUUCUGUAGUGUAAAACGACGUUCUUAGAGUUUAGUGAGAUUUUUGUUUUCGUUACAAAAAUUAGCCGAAAAGAGAUGCAACACAAGAUUCAUAUACAUAUACAUAUAGCAAAAUGAGUGUAAUUUAAACGUUGCUUAGUAUAAGUGAGGAAUAGAUAAAUCAUAGACUUACAUCCACGUACACAGAAAAUAAAGGAAUGCAAAAUUGUGGAAACAAAAUAUACUUAUAUGAGUGUUAGAUUUUUAUAGAAAUAUUGAUAUUUACAAUACAAAAAAGAAGGAACAAAACAGACAUGUGAAUUACAAUAAAGCAGCUUCGCUAGUGCGAUGGCAAAAUGACUCACAUAGAAAGGAAAACUUUGAAAUCAUACACACAUACCUUACCUGAGCAGAAGAUAAGAGGAACUUGCAAGACGCGAAAAAGGACAACUAAAUUAUACUAAGUAUACACUGUAAGAAAAUUAAAAACGAUACAAUAAUUUUAGGAAUCAUCCCAGAAAACUCAACAAAGUGAAAACUGAGUUACUAAGUGAAACUAAAUUAUACCUACUAACAUACAACAGCAAACAAAAAAAAAACUAUUUAUGUCCAUGUGUAAUAGAUAUGUGCAAACGCAAAACACAAAUAACAUAAAACAUUGCUAUCGUUGUACGCGGGCAGCAGCAGCAGCACCCCGUAAAAGCCGGGAAAAUAUAUUUCUAUAUUUGUAUUGUGUAGCGUUCAGAACGCGCAGUUGUUAAACAAGAGACAAGACAAAUACAGCACAACUGGCAGUAGAAUCAUCCGAAAACACACAUACAGACGUACACGGACAUAUUCAUAACACACUUUCUCCCAGCCAGCCUAAAUCCCAGUGAUGAUGAUCAGUGGAUACUCUCGCGCCAGCACGUGCCGAACUAGCUAACAAAACAUAACGAAAAUAGACAAUGCCUAAUGAUAGUCGUUUGCCACCAGAGCAAAAAAAACUAGAUCACACAAUAGAU